AUGUUGCAUAUUAUUCGUUUAUCAUCUCCUGUGAUUGACUUGUCGUCGAUUUACACUGCUCGUUUGUUUGUCUCUUUGCUUCCACUCUCUCUAUCACACCAGCAAACUCUUUCAUCAAACGUUUCGAAUACAUUAUCACUGUUAAUACUAGGGACUAUCUCACCUACUACUACUACUACUACUACUACUACUACUACUACUACUACUACUACUACUACUACUACUACUGUGGUGUGA